GUUGAGAGAUGGGGGCGAUUGAUUGUUUUUAGUUGCGGAGCUAUUGUCAAAAUAUUGCUAUCAGCAACCACGGAAACAUAUAGUUCAGACACAAAAGUUGAACAUUAAAGCAAGACUUUAAAGCGCCCAGACAUUUGUGCGUCAAGAAAACGGUAGAGUGUCUCAUAUUCUCAAAUAGGAGCUAGCUGGGAAAACUCGUCCUUGUGAUAAAUGACCUGCUCGACCGUUUAAAACGACUGGAUCUCGCACGAGGCCAUGGAAAAAGACAUGCUCGGUGGAGUUACAGAGGCGAUGGUGGCCGGAUCAGCGGUAGGGAGCGCAGCUGUACAGAGCCGGUCGGAGGAUGAGGAGUCGGCAGGUGGCAAAGAUGUCAAAAGAACAGCGGCACAAGCAUUCAGCGGAGGGCUCCCCAAACGCAGGAGCUCCAACAGGUCAAUCAAGCGGAAGAAGUUUGAUGAUGAGCUGGUGGAGAGCAGCUUGGCCAAGUCCUCCAGCCGGGUCAAAGGCCCCCCCGUGAUGGAGCCCGCGCGCUUCUCGGGGAGCGAACCCUCCUCCACUGAAAAGAAGAAGGUGUCGAAGUCCAGCAUCACACCAGCGCCUCCUCUGGCCACCGUGGUCACGCCCCUCCCCACCCUCACCAAGAGGGUGAAGAAGAGCAGACAGCCCCUGCAGAUCACCAAGGACCUGGGCCGCUGGAAGCCUGUGGACGACCUCCUGCUCAUCAAUGCGGUGCUGCAGACCACAGAUUUGACUGCAGUUCAUCUGGGAGUGAAGUUCAGCUGCCGCUUUACCUUGCGGGAGAUCCAGGAGCGGUGGUACGCCCUGCUGUAUGACCCGGUCAUUUCCAAGUUAGCGUGGCAGGCCAUGCGACAGCUCCAUCCAGAGGCCAUCGCUGCCAUUCAGAGCAAGGCGCUCUUCAGCCAGGCCGAGGAGGCACUGUUGGCCAAGAUCAGCUCUACCAGCCAGCCAAAGCUGGAGGUGUUCCAGGAGCUGCUGAACAAGCAUCCAGGUGUCUUCUACCCCUCCCGCACCCCCAAGAGCCUGAUGGUGCACUGGCAGCUGCUCAAGCAGUACUACCUGCUGGAGGACCAGAGCGUCCAGCCCCUCCCCAAAGGAGACCAAGUGCUCAACUUCUCAGAUGCCGAGCAGCUGGUCGACGAGGCCAAGCUCAAAGACAGCAGAGAUGAGGUCCUGGAGCACGAGCUGAUGAUUGCUGACAGGCACCAGAAGAGAGAGAUCAGACAGCUGGAACAGGAGCUCCCCCGCUGGCAAGUUCUGGUGGACAGCAUCACGGGAAUGAACUCUCCAGAUUUUGACAACCAGACCCUGGCAGCGCUGCGCGGGCGAAUGGUCCGCUAUCUCAUGAGGUCACGCGAGAUCACGCUGGGCCGGGCCACCAAGGACAAGCAGAUAGACGUGGAUCUGUCUCUGGAGGGUCCCGCCUGGAAGAUCUCCAGGAAACAAGGGAUCAUAAAGCUGAAGAACAAUGGGGACUUCUUCAUCGCCAACGAGGGCCGCAGGCCAAUCUACAUCGACGGGAGACCCGUCCUGUCGGGGAACAAGUGGAAACUCAAUAACAACUCCGUGGUGGAGAUCGCAGGCCUUCGCUUCGUCUUCCUCAUCAACCAGGAGCUGAUCGCUCUCAUCAAAGCGGAGGCGGCCAAGAUGAGCCAGCAGUGAGGGGCGGGACAGGAAGACCUGCAUGGAGACCUUAGGGAACAGGACGGCACAUCCUACUGGGCCUCACACAGCCCCGUUCCCCC